GGGCUUGUACCCUGUACCCUCCUCUUUAAGUACUCCCGCUCCCAUCCCUCCAUUUUCCCUCAUCACUCACUUCCUUCCAACCCCUUCUUCUUUACUAGAGAGGAAAAACUGUGAAGAAUUUCAUAAUGGGUAAAUUGUUGUGUGCUGUGUCCUUGUUCUUGCUGCCGGUAAUGUGGAUGGUGGCAGAGGCCAGAAUCCCCGGUGUUUACUCCGGCGGCGGGUGGCAGUCAGCUCAUGCUACCUUCUACGGCGGCUCUGAUGCUUCUGGAACCAUGGGAGGAGCUUGUGGGUACGGGAACCUGUACAGCCAAGGUUACGGGGUGAACACGGCGGCUCUGAGCACGGCGCUGUUCAACAACGGGCUGAGCUGCGGUGCCUGCUUCGAGCUCAAGUGCGCCAACGACCCCAGGUGGUGCCACUCCGGCAGCCCUUCCAUUCUCAUCACCGCCACCAACUUCUGCCCGCCCAACGGAUGGUGCAACCCUCCCCGACCACAUUUCGACCUCGCCAUGCCCAUGUUCUUGAAAAUCGCCGAGUACAGAGCCGGAAUCGUCCCCGUCACUUACCGUCGGUUAGUCACUGCCCCACUUCUUCCGGUGCCAUGCCGGAAGAAGGGAGGGAUCCGGUUCACCAUCAACGGGUUCCGCUACUUCAACCUGGUACUGGUCUCCAACGUGGCCGGCGCCGGCGACAUUGUGAAGUUGAGCGUGAAAGGGACCAAGACCGGGUGGAUGAGCAUGAGCCGGAACUGGGGUCAGAACUGGCAGUCGAACGCCGUCCUCGUCGGUCAGCCUCUGUCGUUCAGGGUGACCGGAAGCGACCGACGGACCUCCACUUCCUGGAACAUCGCUCCUUCCAACUGGCAGUUCGGUCAGACGUUCACCGGCAAGAAUUUCAGGGUCUGAGGUCCGGUGAGCAGGAUCAUCAAUUCAUCGUGGGAUUGGAUUCUAGAAUUAACUACAGCAGCAGUAGAAGGAAGCUCAAGAAAAUUGGUUUCAAGUUUCCGGUGGGAGUGUACGUUUUACGAUUUUACUUUUUUUUUUUUUUUUCUUUCUUUUUCUUGUUGGUGAAAGGUUCGUUUUUGGGAUUGGGCGAGAGAAAGAGAGUGUGAAUGUGGGCCUGGGCCCAGGAGGGCUGUGUUGGUCUGGUCAGCUUUAUUUUCCGUUGACCCGAUUUUUAGUUGGGGAGUACGUAGUAAUGGGUUGGCAGUGGUGUAUGUUUCUAGUGGGGUUAAAACGGUGGGAGGUUGCUGAAGUGGCUGCACAAAACGACGUCAGCCCGCAGUUCUUUAUAUGUAUGUCAUAGUUUUAUUUAUGUAACUGAAAGUGGUGCCUUAGAGUGUAUGGUAAAGGGAUAUUAUUGUACCAUUUCCCAAAGGGUUAUGUUGAGGCAGUAAUAUUAUGAAGUGUGCAUUUGAUAUCCUAUUUAAGGUUGUCAUUUGUUACCUUCUUGAAAACGUUAUGGAUUGUGCGGGAUUAAUACCAAAUUGCUACUACGCCUUAUCGUCAA